AUGGCAGACAAAAAAGAAAUUCGUAGUAUUGAUGACAUUCCAUCGCUAAAUGAGCUCAUAGAUAAAAACGUACAAAAAGCACACAAGUUAGCAAGAAUAGGGAAAACUGCAAUGGAAAUCAAUUCAAUUUUAGAAACAAAAAGCUCAAUCGUCAAAAAUUGCCUGUUUAAAAAUUUUGUUUACCUUGAAGAUUCAGAUAAAAUGCUUAUAGAUAAUGCAUGCUAUAGGUAUCUAGCAAUAGGGAUAGGGACUCUUUCAUUUUCGAUAGGAGUAAACCUAGGAUUAGGAAGGAUAACUAACUCCCCCUCUGUGAUCAAAUAAAAAAAAUUAUCAACUCAGUUAAUUAUAUUUUAAAAAACUUAUAUCUAAUUUUAUAGUAAAUUGUUUUUCCCAAUUCAAAAAAAUUGAGAAGCAUAAUUAAUUUAAUUUGGGGAAAAUCUAUAGUGCAUCCACGAUAGUGAAUCGCCAUCAUUCCUAAAUCUCACGAGACUAUUGAGGGGUUGACGAAACCAAUAUUCUAAAUCCUAAAUAUAAAAUAUCUAGAGACUUGCCGUUUCAAAGGUGUGAAUACGUUAUAUAAUUAUAAUAGGCUUUGGAGAUGGGGAUUUCGAACAAUUCUAUUAACUGCGCCCUUGCUUGUGUUUUCAGAUUAUGCUUAUUCAGCAUAUACAAGAGUUUCUUUAUAUUUGGAAGAUAAAUACUCUGAAAGAGUCAAGGAAUAUAUGAAAACUGAGGAUCCUUUAUCUUUAAAUCCAAAGUUUUACCAAGAAAAUCCUGAUUUUAAACAAAAAGCAAGCUAA